AUGUCUCUGCUCUCACCUUUCGGCUUUGGACAGAAGCACUCGUACUUCCACGUCGAACUUACAAUACAUGAGCUCACCAACGUUCCCCUUGUCACCGGCCUCUUUGCCUGCAAAUGGAAGGUCAAGGGCUCCCACUCCUUGGCCAGUUUGCAGCAUUCCGCAGCAGCAGCAGUUCACCAACAGACUUCGCGUGUUGUUUCCAGUGCAUCGCGCAAGUCGCACACCACAUCCACCAAGGAUCCCGCCAGCAGCGUUCACGCCAUCGAUCACGAGUCUGGAUCCUCCAACAAUCUCUCCCUUGGUGCACCACAUGAACACGGUCACGGCCAAAGACAGGCCAGCGGAUCAACGAAUGCCGAUGCCGCUUCCAUCUUCAGCCAAUCCAGCAGAGAUGCAUCCCAGCACUCGGCUCACAAGCCUUCCUUUCUCUCCAACAUGUUGCACCCGCACCACUCUCACCAUGACGGCCAAUCGCAUCGCACCCCAGAUGACGGCUCGCAGCCUUCGCCAGCGACACAGACCAAGUCUGCGGAUCACACCCAGCCAAGCAGCAGCCAGGCUUCCUUGUCUACAGCCGACACAGCCGACGCAAGCUCCACUCACUCUCGAUCGCGACGAGACAGUACCACAAGUCGCAAGACCUCCAACUCGCGCACCAAGUCAUUGAAGGACCUCAUGCAUUCUAAGGGUGCAGACUCCCACCAUCACAAUGUUGAUCCGCUCCUCUUCUUCAAUCAGGAGCCCAAGGGCGAGACCGAGUUUGUCAAAGUCGAGGAUCACAAAGUCGAGUGGGAACGCGACUUUCAGGUGGGCAUGCGCAUCGGUAUCGGCAAGCCAAGAACAUCUCCACCGCCCAGUCAUCACGACAGUCCCUCCGUCUCGGCAAAGUCCAGCGCGAAGGACUUGCGAUCGCGUGCACACCGCGAGCAGCAUCUCGACGACCUGUCCACCGCCUGGGGCCGACUCACCAACUCGGAACUCAAACUCACCAUCAGACAAGAGAUGCCUGCCAACGUCAAAUCCACUACCCACCCAAAUGUGCUUGGCAACGUCGUCCUCGACCUCUCCGAAUUCGCUCCCGACCCGCCCGUCACCAGCUCUAGCGGCCGACAUCGUCAUCACCAACAUCACCGUCACCAUCACCACCACCCGCAUCACUACCACUACCAUGCACACCAUCCUCCUCAUCAUGGUCCCGGCGGCGAGCAUUCGUACCGAAAUCGCACUUGUCGCUCAGAGACGCGCAAGUUUUUGCUCAACGGCAGCAAGACCAAUGCCACGGUCAAGAUCACCAUCACCAUGACCUUCCUUGGCGGUGCAAGGGAGUAUUUCGUCCCGCCCAUCUCCAAUGGUCUCAUGGUCAAUGGCCUAGGUUCUCUCAUCGCCCCUGCUCUGCUCGAGUCGAGUCACGACAGUGCUGCUACCCAAGUCGCCAGCGGUCCAGCAUCUUCAAAAAGCAGCGGCUCGGAAAGCAGCAGCCUCCGCCAUGAGCCUAUCCGCGCCAGCGCUUCGACGCGCAACCGCGAGCUCAUGGGCUCCGGCUUGCCCAGUGCUAGCAGCUUCUCGCUUCACAAAUUCGAUUCGUCAGGACAGUCGCAGCACAACGUCUAUGGUCCACCACUCCGUUCAAUCUACGCCAAAAAGACGUGGACCAACCGCAUCCCCGAGGAGAACCUCGUGGCUGCUGCCCCUGGCUUGGAAGAGACAAAGCGCAAGCCAAAGCGUACAUCUGAGGCGUCCUUCCUCACGAGUCGCACUCAAGGCGAUCGUGCGCCGGACGAUGUCAUCAACGCCAUCUUUAAGGGCAUCCCUGUAGGCGGAAGUCACCUCGGCCGAGUCCGCGACGAUGCCGCAGCCGCAAAGGUCGCAGCCGCUCGGGCAAGCAGAGCCGAACGAGCGACAGCUGCGCUGGACCUGCAAACGGGUCAGCCGCACAUCAAAGCGAGCAAGUCGCCCGAACGCACACGGGAACGUAUCCGCACCAUCAGCUCGGCAUCCAGUCUUUCCAAGAAGUCGGAACGCUCCUUCUCCUUUGGUCUAGGUCGAGGCAAAGACAAGGACAAGGACAAGGACAAGAAAAAGGAGAAGGAACCCAAGCGACAGGACAAAGGAAAGACCAACGACAAGGACACACCGAAAGCCCUCAAGGACGACAACAAGCCCGUCAAGAGUAAAUCCACCACAGAUGCAGAGAGCGUGUCUGGGCACAAGGUGCACGGUUUCCACCUCGGCGUUCCUGGCUCAGAUGCAGACAAGGUGACGCCCAACUUGCUGGUCGAGUCUCCGUCGGCCUCCACGGACGCACUUCCGCGCACAAACAGCGAUUCGGCCAUCGCCAUGGCCCCUCCCGUAGCACACUCUUCAUCCCGGCGACUUUCAUCUAUACGCUGGGAUCUGGGUGUUGCAGAGGACACAGCAAGUGAAGCUAAGCCCUCGCAGGAGACGACGCCAGUCGCUGAGACGCUCGCAGAGAAGGAAGAACGCGACCGAGCUGCCAUGCCUCCGCCCCCGUCUGUCGUCGUAAAUCAUCCUUACAUCCCUAUCCGGGCAGGUGGUGUCACUGCCGCAUCGUCGUCCGACGUUCAACUCGCCAAGCCUCCUUCCUCCGACGCCACAGAGUCGAACAAGACAGCUAAUGCGGAUGUCAAAGCUGAUCAGGCUGGCAACGCGUUUCUGUCUCCAACGGCCUUGCCAACAACGUCGCGGGCUGCUUCGUCGGAAACGGUCAAGGAUGCGGAUGCUGCAAGCCUGCGCUCCGCAUCGUCCUCCGUCCCUGGCGCAGGCGAUGGCAGGAAGCUUAGCUCCAACGACCUUAAAGGUCUGUACCAAGCUGGACUUGCGAUUCCUCAGAGCUUGUCGAACAGCACCGCCGUAGGUCUGGAGCGGCUCAAACGAACAAGCCGUGCCAUUGGUCAAUUCGCCAAAGAUGCUGCCCGAUCGAGCCGGCCCUCGUCGCGUCCAAACUCGAGCUCGAGCGCAAUGCCUUUCCACGACAGUCAAGGAGUUUCUGGUCGCGAAAGGCAGUCCAAGGGCAACAGAGGUGUCGAGCCUUCCGAGGCCGCGUCCAAGGGCUGGCAAGGCGCAGGUUGGCUUCGACCCAUCUCGACUGCACCCGUUCCGCUCCCACCUGGCUCGCCGGAUCUGUCAUCAUCAGACGAAGAAGACUCGGAGCAGGAAGGGUAUGCCGAUGCAGGCUCGGACCCAUUUAGCUCCCGCGCCUCCCGCGCCUCGGAUGACGGAAGACGGUCUUCUGCGACCGAUCAGACUGCUCUGUCAGACACCUUUGACACGCCAGGAGUCUCGGCGUCCGAGACGUUGAAGCCCAUUCAUAAGCGCGAGAACUCUUUCGCGUCCGUGUACCAUGAUGUCGAAGAUGACAGCAGCUGGAUCGAGUCGCAAGAGCCGCCGUUGAAGCCAUCCGCCGCCGCCAUCACACCAGCCACACUUCCUGCCUAA